UUCCAUAGCUCCUGCAAAAUCUUACGUUUGAGCCGCAUAAAGAAAUUAUGAGUUGGACCACUCGUAGUCCCUAGGGUCUCACUAAUCUUUCUCCGCCGUCUGAUCUCUUCUCUCUUCUCCUUAUCUCUGUAUUUUUGUUACAAAUCAUAACACAAAGGCUGAAUUUCAGUGGAUCCCGACAGUAACACUAUCUCUUUCUUUCAUUUCUACUUUUAGUCAUGAAUCAAUCCUCAUUUCUUACCUUCUUCAAAAUAUUAAAUCUAUUCUUAGUAUUUUGAGAACUAUUUUUAAGUUUCAGUGUCUGAGACGAUGGAGGAGCGUAGCUCCACGCGAUUACCAACGGGGAGCUACACGAACGACAAUACCGUAUGGGAGUGCGUGAUACCGUACAUAACGGAAUCGCGUGACAGGGACGCGGUGUCGACGGUGUGCAAGAGGUGGUGGCAGAUCGAUGCGAUAACACGAAAGCAUAUAACCAUGGCUUUGUGCUAUACGGCGAAACCGGAGCAACUUUCUAGAAGGUUCCCGCACCUCGAAUCGCUUAAGCUUAAAGGAAAACCACGCGCGGCUAUGUUUAAUUUGAUACCUGAAGAUUGGGGAGGGUAUGUUACACCUUGGGUAGUGGAAAUUACUAAGUCGUUUAGUAAAUUGAAGGCGCUUCAUUUUCGGAGAAUGAUUGUUAGGGAUUCGGAUCUAGAAUUGGUUGCGAUGAAUCGGGGUAAAGUGCUUCAGGUUUUGAAGCUGGAUAAGUGUUCUGGGUUCUCUACCGAUGGUCUGCUGCAUAUUUGUCGUUCCUGCAGGAACUUAAGAACUUUGUUUCUGGAAGAGAGUUCUAUAGUUGAGAAUGAUGGAGAAUGGGUGCAUGAACUAGCGGUGAACAACCCAGUUCUUGAGAAUUUGAAUUUUUACAUGACGGAUCUUGUGCAAGUUAGAGCUGAAGAUCUUGAAUUGAUAGCAAGAAAUUGUAAAUCUCUCGUCUCAAUGAAAAUUAGCGAGUGCGAACUUGCCAAUCUUCUUGGCUUCUUUAGAGCUGCUGUUGCAUUGGAGGAGUUUGGUGGUGGCUCAUUUAAUGACCAGCCAGAACCUGUUGCCGAAAAUGGCUAUAACGAGCAAUUGGAAAAAUAUGCUGCAGUUGUUUCCCCUCCAAGAUUGUGCCAGUUGGGCUUGACGUACUUGGGGAAAUAUGAGAUGCCCAUUCUCUUUCCUAUUGCUUCUCGUCUGACGAAAUUGGAUCUUCUUUAUGCACUUCUUGACACAGCAGCCCAUUGUUUCUUACUGCAAAGGUGCCCCAACUUGGAAAUUCUUGAGACAAGGAAUGUUGUUGGGGAUAGAGGAUUGGAAGUGCUUGGCCAGUACUGUAAGAGGUUAAAGCAUCUCAGGAUUGAGCGAGGAGCUGAUGAUCAGGAGAUGGAGGAUGAACAAGGUGCAGUUACCCACAGAGGAUUGACUGAUUUGGCGAAGGGAUGCCUUGAACUAGAAUACAUGGCUGUUUAUGUGUCAGAUAUUACCAAUGAAGCUUUUGAAAAUAUUGGCACAUAUUUGAAAAAUCUGUGUGAUUUUCGGCUGGUUUUGCUCGACCGAGAAGAGAGAAUAACAGAUCUACCUCUUGAUAAUGGUGUCCGUGCUUUACUAAGAGGUUGUUAUAAGCUUAGAAGGUUUGCCCUCUAUGUCCGGCCAGGGGGCCUUACUGAUGUAGGUCUCAGUUAUGUCGGGCAAUACAGCCCAAAUGUGAGAUGGAUGCUUCUGGGAUACGUUGGGGAAUCCGAUGAAGGCCUUCUGGAGUUCUCUAAAGGAUGCCCUAACCUGCAAAAGCUAGAAGUGAGAGGCUGCUGUUUUAGUGAGCGUGCAUUAGCUUUGGCUGCCAUGCAGCUAAAAUCAUUAAGGUACUUGUGGGUACAAGGAUACAGGGCAUCUUCAACUGGUCGGGAUCUCUUGGCGAUGGCUCGGCCAUUCUGGAAUAUUGAGUUGAUUCCUGCAAGACGAGUUGUUGCCAGUGAGGGAAAUAAUGGAGAAACUGUAGUUGCUGAGCAUCCAGCCCAUAUACUUGCCUACUAUUCUCUUGCUGGACAAAGAACCGAUUUUCCACACACAGUCAGGCCUUUGGACCCAAAUUCCCUUCUCGCUGAAUAGGUUUGUAAAUAUAACUUGCCCUUGAGUCAUGCUGGAAUAUUGAGGUUUAUUUGCUUCCUACUAGGUGUCUUGUCCAUAUGUAUGCCUCUUAUUUUCCUCUUAAUUUUUCUUCCCCUUUUUUCUUGAUGAGAGUUUUAUUUUUCCACAUUGAUUUUGAUAUUUUAUUUUAGACAUGCAAUCCUCUGUAAUAAGUUUGCUUUCCUCGGAAAUCUGUAAUUUAACAGUUGGUGAUCUACCUUUUCUAAUCCAUGACCUCAACUUGUUCUGUG